GGGACAGGCGGUGCUCUUAAUUGAUGAAUGUGCUUGGCAUCACUUUGCUUUUAAAUCCAAAUUUACCAGAAAGUUCUUUCCUUGACUGAUUUUUUUUGUACUCGACGCCCCAAAAAUGGGGGACAGCUAUGUUUAUCCUUCAGUUUUUGUAGUGGACGGACAGACAGACACUGUCCCUUUUGCAACCUCAACUAAACGGAAAAAUUUGACUUUCACACACAAGUUUCUUCUGAUGCUUGUUCUUCUGGCUCUGAUUGGAGAUGGACUUGGAGCAUUUUAUCUUUGGAGACUGCGAUCUGAUGUUCAGGAAUUCAGCUCUAUGUUCUUAGCUACCAAGAACACUUCUCUUAUGGUUGGAAGUAUCCAAGAUAUGAUCUUCCAAGAUUCAAAAAAGCCCGCAGCACAUGUUACUGGAUGUAACCUCAGUGCCUCAGGAUAUGGCCGACUACAAUGGGAACACAACAAAGGGAUUGCCUUCUUACGUGGAAUUGACUAUAAGGAAGGAGCAUUGGUGAUUAAAAAAUCUGGACAUUACUUCAUUUACUCAAAGAUCCUAUUAGGUGAAAUAGGAUGUGAUGUUGAAAGAAAUGGGUUUCUGAAGCAGAUAGUUUUCAAAGAAGGAGACGCCUACCCACAACCUAUUGAAUUAAUGGCUGUUCGGAAAUUCUUCUGCACAGGACAGAAUUCAGACCGGUGGCUGGACAAUAGCUACCUGGGGGCAAUAUUUGAUUUUAAUGAAGGAGAUCAUGUGUUCAUUAAAAUAACAGAUAAAAGACUUCUGAAAAUCUCCAACCAUGCAGAAACAUUCUUUGGCGCUUUUAUGAUUUAAACUAUUUGUCAGACUCUCUAUUAAUUUGUCUCAGUCAGUAAGUGAAUGUGCUGAAGUGAAGGUUAAGUGUACUUCAUAAUAAUCAAUGAAGCGUGUAAUUUUUUUUCUUUUACAAUGGAAGCAUUUCCUCUGAGAUAUGGCCAGAAUCAUGUUGUAACACAAUUGUUUUGGCAGUGCAAGUGGAGGUGUGUCUAGGCUGAGAUGCUAGGCAGAAGCAGCAAUGCAGCAGCCAUCUAACUGCAUCUUCAUGGCUGAGGGGCCUGGGCAGUCGCAUGGUGAGGACACAGGAAGUUGGCAAUCUGCUAGGGCAGAUGGACUGGCAUCCAUUCCCUGCAAUCUGUCUGUUCUAUCAUCCACAUCCCACCCCAACCUCCCCCAAUCAUGUUCUACUUUCUAUUUGUACAUAUUGACUUUCCCAGUGCGGAUCAGCCUCCUCCUGUGCCCCCAAGAAGCCCUCAUAAAUCUGCUACAAUCCACUCUCCCUCUAGUCCCUCAAUCCCCAUUGAACAGCCAACAGCCAUUCUCAAUGCAUCAAUACCCCCUCUCUCACAGACCAGCAAAGCUGCCUUUGGAAGAAAAGCAGCACCCAAGUGAAAUCUACCAAGGAAGACUACCUCAUCUGCUGCUGUUACAUUUAACCAGUCAUGAAUCUGAAGCCAUGUGCUUUUCUUUUGCUGCAGUUAAUUGCUGAGGUGCCAUUUUACCAGCCAAAAUGAUGUUUCAAUGAGUUUGCAUGGCAGCUAGUACGUAACAAAUAGGUUCUUGCCACUUGCCGUAGAGAAGUUUGAUCACCCUUCAACUGCAAUGUCACUUCCCUUCUUUCAUCUCGCUGUCAGAAAGUUGAUAUUACAACUCCCUUACAAUUAGUUAUGCCUAUUUGCAUCAUUUCAAACUGCCAGUAGCAGAUGCCACUAAGGCUUAUAAAAAUCAUAUGUAAAAAUAUGCCGCUUGUAUGUGCUACCAUUAUGUCUGGAAUGUGUCCCUGCUGACUGUUCAUCCUGUCACAGUAAAUGGAUACAUGCCCAUUUACUAUUCAGCAAUUUUUUUAUAAACCUUUAUUUAU